AUGGAGGACAAGCAAGGCACUGAGCCCCCAGCCCUGCCGGGAGAGCCGGGAGCCUGUGGGGAGGCAGGCACCCAGCCCCUGAGCUCCAUCAUCAUCCCUGGGUAUACAGGAUUCAUCCCCAGAAGCCAGCACUUCUUUGCCAAGACCUUCUCCGAGAUCUACAAGGAGGCCAAGAGCGACUUUGCUAAGCAAAGGCUGAGAGCUGCCGGCAGGGAGCAGGCCUGGCUGAAGACGCAGCCGUUGCCGCAGGACCUCGCGCAUGAGCGUGACGUGAUACAGGACCCCUCAGCUGAGACCUCAGGACCAGGCUGCCACCAGGGCCACCCAGCGCCAGCAGCAGCAGUGUUGGCAGCCUCUGCCCCGCAUGCAUGGCUGCAUGACUAUCAGCCACAGCGCUCCCCCUACUCCAUGGAGGAUGAUGACCCCCAGAAAUAUUUCAUCUUAGGCUUCAUGGGCUUUGUGCCCCGCGCCCGGUUCCUGAUCGGGAAAAGCUACCCGAUUACCACCAACCGGGCCCUGAUGGAGUUUAGCCACAUGGCCCUGAAGAAAGGUGGCAGGAGUGAGACCAAGGAAGGAGCACCAUCCUCCCACCCCAGGGAAAAAACCUACCCAAUGGAGACAGGCCUACUACCUCACUACGCAGGCUAUGUCCCAGGUUACAAGUUCCAGUUUGGUCAUACUUAUGGUCACCUUACUCACAACGCCCUGCGACCGAGCACCCUCAAGAAGCAGAUGCCAGACUAA